CAUAGUUUUUUAAUCCAUUUAGUAAAAAAAACAUUUAAAUAAUUAAAUUGACACACAUGCUUGCUGUUACCCAGGGUUGCGGGUAAGGAACACAUACUCUCAAAAAAUACAGUUGCAUUGGUCUAAAAGGUACACACUGUACCUUAGAAGUACAUAUCUGAUCCUAAAUGGUACAUAUUAGGACCUUUUCAAAAGGUACCUUUUUUUCUGAGAGUGAAUAGUUUGAAUUUAACAAAAAAGUGAGACAGCAGGGCUGUGAGUUAAAGCGAAAGGAUGGGAGAAAUAUGGGUGGGAUGGACAAGAUGGGGCUGAAGUAGUUUGUGGUACUGGGAAAGAGGGAGGGGACAAGAGAGAUAAAUCUACAGUACAAAUAGCCACACAUGACCAUGCCAUGUGACUUCCUUCUAGCUCUGUCUUUUGUGUGUGUUUGUCUGCGUUGUGGUCCACCAUGAGCCACUAUUAUGCCUCCUCCUCAUCCUCUUACCGACGAGCAUUCGGGGGCCCAGUGACCAAACACCACCCAUGUCCUGUGCCACCGUUGGCCGGGCUUCUGGGGUCUACGAGUCUACGAGGUCAGCAAAUCCUCCACUUCAUCUCUGGGAAUUUCCGGUUACAAAGUCCUACCUACAGUAUGCCCAACCUGUCUGUGGGCUAUACCCGGUCUUACGGCGGGAUGGGCGAGACACUGGACUUCAGUCUGGCAGACAUGCUCAACCAAGAGUUCCAAACGCGCACCAACGAGAAAGUUGAGCUGCAGCACCUAAAUGACCACUUUGCCAUCUACAUCGAGAAGGUUCGCAUGCUGGAACAGCAGAAUCAGGGUUUGGUGGUCAAGGUGGAGAAGCUGAGGGGCCGGGAGCCCACUCAUAUCUCAGACCUGUAUGAGGAAAAAACUGAAAAUGAGGUAAAAUGGGGACAAAGAGAACCUAUACAUGUUGAAAAGGGAAUAUGAUACAAAUCUAAAUAUAUACUGCUGCAUAAGCGAAUUGAGCAGGAAACCGCACUGAAAGAGGAUGCAGAGAAUAAUUUGGCUGCAUUCAGAGCAGACGUAGAUGCCGCCACCUUGGCCCGCCUGGAUCUGGAAAGACGUAUCGAGACUCUCCUGGAAGAGAUUGCUUUCCUCAAGAAGAUCCACGAGGAGGAAAUCCGUGAGUUGCAGGCACAGAUGCAGGAGACUGCAGUCCAGAUCCAGAUGGAUAUGUCUAAACCAGACCUGACAGCUGCUUUAAGGGACAUUCGGGCACAGUACGAGGGCAUCGCUGCAAAGAAUAUCGCUGAGGCUGAGGAGUGGUGUAUGUCAAAGGUGAGAAUCUGGAAAUAAAUGCAUAGCUUUGUCCAGAUAUCAACCCAGUGAUCUUUGUCUACUGUACUUUGAUCACCAGGUGACAGACCAGUGAGCAAAAAUAAUGACGCUCUGAAACAGGCCAAGCUGGAGACCAUGGAGUACAGACACCAGAUCCAACCCUACACCUGUGAGAUCAACUCGUGAUGCAUCUGGUUGUAUUUUUCUAACUAGUCUCUCAUGAGACAAAUGAGAGAUAUGGAGGAUCGUCACGGUCGAGAGGCUGGUACUUUCCAGGAUACAAUUGCCAGGAUGAAGACGGAGAUUGCAAACAUGAAGGACGAGAUGGCACGUCACCUGCGAGAAUACCAGGACCUGCUCAAUGUUAAAAUUGCCUUGGAUGUGGAGAUUGCCACCUACAGGAAGCUUUUGGAGGGAGAGGAGAGCAGGAUUGUGAUGUCUAUGCAGGCCUAUUCUACUAUAAGCUUUAGAGGUGGUGAGCGAAUCUACACAGCACCAGCAGGACAUCAUGUAAACAUCUUACCAGGAGCAUCAAAAACACAAAACCUAAAUAAAAGUUUUUGGACAGUUAUCAUAUUCUGCACUUUCUUUACACCACGCAUUUUGGUAAAAUGAGCACAUUUGCAUGAGUGGGAUGAAAAGAGGUCACUUAUCGAAUCUGUGUUUUAAAUAUGCUGUUUUCUGUCAGAUUGAAAUGAUGUAAGACAGACUAGUUUUUCUUUGUUUUGGAUAAAGCAUAAAAUGGAAACACAGAAGGUAGAAAGUAUGCAGGAAGGUGAAGAUGGGGUUUAAAGGGAGAUGUUUGGUAAUAGGAAACAAGUAAGCUAAGAUAAAAGGAGAGAA